AUGUGCUCGAGCGUGUCUCGGGUGGUGUUCGAGGAGCUGGACCACGACCAGGGAAUCGGUACGGGUCCCGUCGCGGUUCCUGUCGGGCAUACGGGUGAUAAGCGGAUGGUUGACUGGAAAUAUAAUCGUAUGCCGAGCCAUCCGAUGAUCCGGGGGAAACGGGCCGUACUUCAGUCACCGCGUCCAAGUGACGCCUGGUUCCUGGUGAUGCGGCUGGAGAUUCGGAUGAUGCUGGACGGGUGUGUUGUGUGUGUUGUGGGUCGGGGACGGGCGGGGGAAGGUCUGAAUGAUGUGGAUAAUGUGGUGAUGUCUGAGUCCGACUAA